CCGCGGCUGCGCGAGAAACCAUCCCCCGCCCGCUGCGGCGCUGGGGUCAGCCCGAUACCGCGCGGGAGGAACGGGGCCACUCGACAGCGGCGAGAGCCCGCGGGGAAACCGCCGCAGCCCCGGCCUUCCCUCCGCAGCCGUGCGGCGUCUCCAGCUAGAGGGACCGGACUGCCUGCGCCCGGGACUGGAGGAAAAUGGCUCAAACUACUGCACCAGCGACAUCCAUCCAUGAUGAGGAAUCCUUGGAAAGCAGAAUGGUGGUUACGUUCCUCAUAUCAGGACUUGAGUCAGUGUGUAAAGAACUUGCCAAGUCCAAGGCAGAAAUUGCCUGUAUUGGUGUAUAUGAAAGAACUGUUUUUGUAGUUGGAACUGAGAGAGGAAAAGCCUUUGUCAACUCUAGGGAAGAUAUUAAGAAGGAUUUUAAUGAAUACUGUGUUCCAGAAGAGGACAGGGCUGCAGAACUGCAGAAAACGAAGACUACACCCCCUGUAAACAGACAGACGGUGGAUACUGUGGAGCUGGAGGCUCUUAGGAAGUCCGUGGAGGACUUUUUCUGCUUUUGCUAUGGUAAAGCUUUAGGAAAGUCAACGGUGGUACCUGUGCCAUACGAAGAGAUUCAGAGGGACCAUUCUGCUGUGAUAGUGCAGGGCCUGCCCGAAGGACUCGCAUUAAAACAUCCAUCAAAUUAUGAUAUUUCUACCCUGAAAUGGAUUUUGGACAAUAAGUCAGAGAUCUCAUUUAGUAUCAACAGGUCUUUCCUAGAACCGAAGAAACACAUAGGAGCUGAUAUGACAGAUCCUUCACAUUCAAUUAUACCUGCAUGUGGAAGUUGUCCUCCUGUUAAAGUGAAAGUGGAACCAAGCAAGGAUUCUGGAAUUUCUUCAAAAAUGUCAACAUUAACAAUGAAGCAGGAAACAGAUGAUCCUAACUACUAUCAAUUUAAUACUUCCGCAGGCCCUUCCAGAACAUCAGAGAUAGAUGAAAAAAUUGCUCCUGGGAAAAGUUACACAGAUUCCUCCCAGCAUGACUCGUCAGAAACAAGUGAGGAUUCUGAGGUUGAGGUCACUGUUGAAGAUGAUGAUGAUGACUACCUCCCCCCUGACAAGAGACUGAAGAACACCAAGUUGGCUACUGAAGCUGCCAAUAGUGGGAGAAGAAAUGGAAAAGAGUUUAAUUUUGAUUCCUCCCAGCAUGACUCAUCAGAAACAAGUGAGAAACCUGAGGUUGAGGUAACCAUUGAAGAUGAUGAUGAUGACUACCUCCCCCUUGACAAGAGACUGAAGAACACCAAGUUGGCUACUGAAGCUGCCAAUAGUGGGAGAAGAAAUGGAAAAGAGUUUAAUUUUGAUUCCUCCCAGCAUGACUCGUCAGAAACAAGUGAGGAUUCUGAGGCUGAGUUAACAAGCGAAGAUGAUGACGAUGAUGAUGACUACCUGCCCCCUAACAGGAGACGGAAGAACACCAAGUUGGCUACUGAAGCUGCCAAUAGUGGGAGAAGAAAAAGAAAAGAGUUUAAUUUUGAUUCCUCCCAGCGUGACUCAUCAGAAACAAGUGAGAAACCUGAGGUUGAGGUCACUGUUGAAGAUGAUGAUGAUGACUACCUGCCCCCUGACAAGAGACUGAAGAACACCAAGUUGGCUACUGAAGCUGCCAAUAGUGGGAGAAGAAAUGGAAAAGAGUUUAAUUUUGAUUCCUCCCAGCGUGACUCAUCAGAAACAAGUGAGAAACCUGAGGUUGAGGUCACUGUUGAAGAUGAUGAUGAUGACUACCUCCCCCCUGACAAGAGACUGAAGAACACCAAGUCAGCUACUGAAGCUGCCAAUAGUGGGAGAAGAAAUGGAAAAGAGUUUAAUUUUGAUUCCUCCCAGCAUGACUCGUCAGAAACAAGUGAGGAUUCUGAGGCUGAGUUAACAAGCGAAGAUGAUGAUGAUGAUGACUUCAACCCCUCUGAGAAGAGACUGAAGAAUACCAAGUUGGCUAAUGAAGCUGGCAAUACUGGGAGAAGGAAAGGAAAAGAGUUUAAUUUUGACAAAUGGAAUACGCGAAUUACGGACUUGAGAAAGGAAGUUGAAGAGCUGUUUGAAAAAAAAUAUGCUCAAGCUAUAAAAGCAGAAGGUCCAGUGUCUGUCCCAUACCCACUCUUCCAGUCACAUGCAGAAGACUUAUAUGUGGAAGGGCUGCCAGAGGGGAUUCCUUUCAGGCGUCCAUCCACGUAUGGCAUUCCCCGGCUGGAGAGGAUACUUCUAGGAAAGGAGAAGAUCCGGUUUGUGAUUAAAAAGCAUGAACUUCUGAAUUUGACAAGUGUUCCAGUGGACAAAACAGUCUCAGGAGUCUCAAAUACAGUGAAAGAAGAGUGGUAUGCCAGAGUCACCAAACUGAGAAAGAUGGUAGAUCAACUUUUCUGUAAAAAGUUUGCUGAGGCUUUGGGGAGCACUGAGCCCAAAGCUGUUCCAUACAAGAAAUUUGAAGCUCAUCCAACUGACCUCUAUGUUGAAGGGCUGCCAGAGAACAUCCCCUUUAGGAGUCCCUCCUGGUAUGGAAUCCCUUGCCUUGAACAAAUAAUUCAAGUGGGCAACAGAAUAAAAUUUGUGAUCAAAAGGCCAGAGCUGCUAACUGUCACUUCAACGGAAUUUACUCAGCCCGGGUCGAACACCCCAGCGAAAGAAGAUUGGAAUGCCAAGAUCACAAAGCUAAGAAAGGAAGUAGAAGAUAUAUUUAAUAUAAAGUUUGCCCAAGCUCUGGGGCUUUCAGAGACAGUGAAAGUUCCCUAUUCUGUAUUUGAAUCAAACCCCGAGUCCUUGAUCGUUGAAGGCUUGCCAGAAGGAGUCCCCUUCCGGAGUCCCACAUGGUUUGGAAUUCCACGCCUUGAAAGAAUUGUCCGUGGAAGUGGCAAAAUCAAAUUUGUUAUUAAGAAGCCUGAGCUUAUCGCUUCCUAUUUGCCUCUAAGACUGGCUAAUAAAAUAAAGACAAAAGCAAUUAGUCCGAGGAGUUCAAAAAGGUCACGAAGUUCUGCAGAUAAUUCAAGUGUCCCAGAGAUUGAAGUUACUGUUGAUGACAGUCCUAAUAAAGCACAAACAACAGAUGCUCAAACUAAUUCUCAAACCAAUGGAUCCAAUACAAAUUCGAAGCCACAAGGAAGAGAGUUUUCUUUUGAGGCAUGGAAUGCCAAAAUUACUGACUUGAAGCAGAAAGUUGAAAAUCUUUUUAAUGAAAAAUGUGGGGAAGCUCUGGGACACAGUGAACCAGUGAAGGUGCCAUAUGCACUGUUUGAAUCCUUCCCAGAGGUUUUCUACGUGGAAGGACUACCUGAGGGGGUCCCGUUCCGCCAACCUUCAACUUUUGGGAUUCCAAGACUUGAGAAGAUCCUGAGAAAUAGAUCCAAAAUAAGAUUUGUUAUUAAAAAGCCUGAGAUGUUUGAGGCAGCUGUCAAAGAAAGUUCUGCUAGAAGCCCCCAAAGAAAAAAUAAUUCAUCCAGUAAAGCCAAUACAACAAGGACGACAAAAAACACAGUAGAGAACACAAGUGCAGGUGUUGAAGACCUAAACAUCAUUCAAGUAACCAUACCAGAUGAUGAAAGUGAGCGACUGCCAAAAGUAGAAAAAGCCAGACAAUUGAGAGAACAAGUAAAUGAUCUUUUUAGCCAGAAAUUUGGUGAAGCCACUGGUAUGAAUUUCCCUGUGAAAGUUCCAUACAGAAAAAUCACUAACAACCCUGGCUGUGUGUUGGUGGAUGGAAUGCCUCCAGGUGUGGCAUUUAAAGCACCCAGUUAUCUGGAAAUCAGCUCAAUGAGGAAGAUUUUGGAAUCAGCAAAGUUUAUCAAGUUUACUAUCAUUAGACCAUUUCCAGGACUUGUGAUUAACAAUCACCUGAUAGAAGAAGCUGAAGCAGAUGCACCACCUACAGCACCAGCAGCAGCUGCAGUACUACCAGGUGAUGCAGAGUGUAACACAUGUUCUUUCAGGAGGGGUGGGGUAUGCAUCUUAUUGGCAGAUGUCAUUAGGAGUCAUGUCCUAGGUAUAAGCUGCUCAUGAUGAGCCAUUUAAUUUUGAGAAAUGGUGUGCAACACUUUUAUAGCUGUUAAAUAUUAAUAAUUUAGUGGAAAGUGCCUCUAGUUUCUUUGAGCUGUGUCACUGGUGUGUUCCUUGAUUUGAUUUUUGCAGAUGAUGAGUGAGCUGGAAAGAAAGAUUAGUAGGGGCAAUGUAUAAAGCCAAUUCAGUAUCCAAUUAUUGAUGUCUGCUUAACUCAGAUGUGUGCAUGUCUGCAUGUUCAGCCAAGUGAAUUUUGCCUGCAUAGCUGGCAAUGGGGUCUGGAUGGAAUUUCUGCUUGCUCUGUAACCUCUGCUAGACUAUGUCUGGGACUGCACACACAUCACCUUAGUCUGAUCGGAGAGCUUGACUUUGUGCUGUGAAUUAACUAAAGUAAAUGUGGUUGGGCAACUUCACUUUGAUCCAGUACAGUUUCUAAAUGUUCAUACAUCUUUUAAAAAUGUGUAUCCUAAUUUGGUGUAGUGCAGGGAGAACUUUUGCAAUUGACUAAAUAAAUCAUUACACAAAGAAAUUGGAAAAUGAAGAGAAAACAUCUGAAAAACAUUUUAAGAGUAAGGGACACUUGUAUGAUGAAAAUUAUUAUAAAGGAAACUACUGGCUCCUCUGUUUACAUGUGAAAGUGUGGGAGGGAGGAGAUCAGCUGCUGAUGGUCUGUGACCUUGCUGCAGUCUGUCAGUCCUUAACAUCUGCAGUGUUAAAAAGGUUAAAUGGUUUUUCCCAGAACAUGUUCAUCUACAAUCCAUGUGAGAAAGUAGAAAACUCAGCAUGGAAUUAAAACAUACUUCUUGUCCUCUGUUAUGCACCUUCCACUCUUCCCCCAAA